AUGGUGGAAGAUGGCCUUCGAGAUUGUAUUAGGAAGUCUCGAUGGAAGCCUUCGGAGGAAGAUCUGCAUGCAUUUACUUUGGCUUGUCGUGAAUUGCCUGUUAUGGCCUCAAUUCGAAUUCGCGAAGUCAUCUUGCGGACACGGCAUGGUCGCACCCUGCAGACAGAGUUCCAGUACCUGCUCAAUCUCUCUGAUGCACCCACCAAUCUCGACUGGGAGUACUUGCGAAUACUUCAAAGAGCCUAUAUGCCUGAUUCAUCUGCAAUGCCUGCCGAUGUAGCCAAGAUGUAUCACCUAUUGGUUGGCACCAUUAUUGCGGCACGUACAUCACUGAGUGUGUACUCUAUGUCACAGCUUUUAGGAAUUGCCGAGGAUGAGGCCCAAGCCACAUUGGAACCAAUCAGCUCCAUCAUUGGAGAGGAUGUGGAAGGUGUUAAAUUCUAUCAUGCCACAGCGAAAGAAUUCAUAAUGGGGGAUCCAAUUGGCAAUGGAAACGACAAAGUUGACAAAGAAAAAUGGGCAGAUUUUAAACUCAAGUGGGAGCAACCCCAACACAUCCGAUAUGUUAUUAACAAUCUGCUUGACCACCUGGACCCUGCACAACUCUUUUCACAAGAGUCCAAUAACAAUGGAUUGCAGAACGAGUUUAAUUCCUUCCUUACACAAAACUUCCUUACAUACCUGCACAUGGAAGGGUGCCCUCAUGUGCCAGCAGGAUUUGAUGAAUACAAUAAUCAUGAUGUAAUUGAACUCCUGCAAGAGGGUGUGGCAGUAUUCUAUGGGGCAGCAGGCCAUUCUUGGGUCAUUCAUCGAUCAUUAUCUCUUUUCUGCCCACCUGGAUCACCUCUUUGGGAACUAUAUGGCCACCUCUUUGAGCCUGUUUGGGUCUUUGGUCUUUCUGGCAAGAUUUUGAGCCACUUGAUUCAAUUGAGUGAGGCUUCACUUAAUGCCCAAACACUUAUGGAGGUGAAAUUAGAUGGAUGGCCAAAGGAGGUUGAUAUGUGGGGUCAUGAAGAGAUCAAUUAUGAAGCUGAAUUCCAUGAUCCUGAUGUCCGUAAUGGCAUUGUGACAUGUGCAGCACUCUCAAGAGAUGGUCGAUACAUUGCACUUGGGUUUGGUAGUGGUGUUAUUGAGAUUGCUGACAUUGAUGAUCAGCAUAUGAUCACUCAGUUCCAGAAUCAUCCACCCAAUCCACCAGCAUGGAUUGAGUUUAUCCAUGGUGACAUUGUGUUGCUACCGAGGAUUUUGAUGGGAACAUCACUAUCUAUGGCUAUGGGUGCUCCCUGUGAAACUUGGCAUCUCCCUGUAGGCACCUAUCCUGUUGUAACUGCAGUCUCAGAUAGUGGAUUCUUCAUUGUACGAGUUCUACGGGAUCCAGGAAAGCCUUGGUACAACAACAUGGCAUGUAUAGACAUUUUGGGUGACCCACACAUUCAGCCACUUGCCUCUCCUCCUUCUGACUCUUCCAUUCCAUCCUCCCAAUCCAAUUCCGAGUCCUUUCCUGAGCGUCACACAGUUGGAUUUUCUCCAGAGGCACAAUACAUUGCUGCCUUUGAUGCGCACAGUGCUUUUACCUGGUCAACGGAAUCAGUAUCUACUCAACCCACUCUUCCAUUGGCAGGUGACACAGUCCAUGUGCAUCAUUCCUGGGUGGAUGCAGGGCCUGACUUGGACAAGUCUUGGAUCAAGCAUCCAUUUUUCCAUCACUUGCCAAAAAAUGAAUGGGGCUAUUCAUUUGCUGCAGGAAGGACCCUGCUAGUCAAUCUUUCUGGGUCGGGAGCAAACAGCACCAACAACAUAGAUGCCUGCAAGGAUGGUACUCGAUUUCUGCUCCAGGGCAAGAUGAAGGCCCCCAUUGUUGUCGAUAUUGGCAAAGCUGCUUGGUAUCUGAGUGCUACACUUGAUUAUGAUUUCACAGUGCCUAGCAACUAUUCUCCUUGCAGCACAUCAUCAGACAUCUCUUCUCCCAGUGACAAAUUAUCUGAUGAUUCUUUCUUCUGA